GUAUCUCUCACUCAUCAAUCACAGAUUGACAAACUUCACUCAGCAAACUCCCGUGCCGGGUCUUCAAUCUCCUCGCCGGAAUCAGCCAUCAAGCGCCGGAUCUCCAUAAAAUUCCGACAAUGGGUUUGUCUUCCAACCCACCAAGCUCACACUACCAAACCCACAAAUUCUUCCUAUUCUGCAACUACAUCCUGCUGGGCGCCGCCUCCAGCUGCAUCUUCCUGACGCUCUCGCUGCGCCUCAUCCCCUCCGUCUGCGGCUUCCUGGUCAUCCUCCUCCACGCCCUCACCAUAGCCGGAGCCGUCUCGGGCUGUGCCGCCGUCUCCUCGGGGGCCAGCCGUUGGUACGGGGCCCACAUGGUGGCCACCGUCCUCACCGCCAUAUUCCAGGGCUCGGUCUCGGUGCUGAUCUUCACCAACACCGGUGACUUUCUGGGAAAGCUGAAAUCGUACGUUAGGCAAGAAGAUGGGGCGGUGAUACUGAAACUUGCGGGCGGGUUGUGUGUGGUGAUCUUCUGCUUGGAGUUCGUGGUGCUGACGCUGGCGUUUUUCUUGAAGAUCUACGCGGUCACUGACAGCGGGGAUUCAGUGAAGAGGAGUGCCAAGGUGCAGCAGGAUGAGGAGGAGAUGAAGAAUUGGCCAUGGCCAUUCCAAGUUUAAUUAAUUAAUUUUUGUUCUUCAUUUUACUGUUAAUGCUGGGUUUGUUUGUGAAAUUAUUCUUUAAUUUGUUGUUUUAAUAUUAUUAUUAUUAUUAUUAUUGGGGGGUUUGUUGAGAUUGGUUUUGUUUGCGUUGAAGAUUGGUGUUAUGAUAUGAUAUAAUAUCAAAUUAUUCCGAAA